CGGGGGCGGCGGGAGCGGCGGAGCGGAGCGGCCAUGAAGCACUACGAGGUGGAGAUCCUGGAUGCCAGGACCAGGGACAAGCUGUGCUUCCUGGACAAGGUGGAGCCUCAGGCCACGGUGGCCGACAUCAAAAACCUGUUCAGCAAGAGCCAUCCCCAGUGGUACCCAGCGAGGCAGUCCCUGCGCCUGGACCCCAAGGGGCGCUCUCUCAAGGACGAGGAUGUGCUGCAGUCGCUGCCCGUGGGCACCACGGCCACGCUCUACUUCCGGGACCUGGGGGCGCAGAUCAGCUGGGUCACGGUGUUCCUGACGGAGUACGCGGGUCCCCUCCUCAUUUACCUGCUGUUCUAUUUCCGGGUGCCGUUCCUGUACGGGCCCCGCUACGACUUCACCGCCAGCCGGCACCGCGUGGUCCACCUGGCGUGCUGCUGUCACUCGUUCCACUACGUCAAGCGGCUGCUGGAGACGCUCUUCGUGCACCGCUUCUCGCACGGCACCAUGCCCCUGCGCAACAUCUUCAAGAACUGCACCUACUACUGGGGCUUCGCUGCCUGGAUGGCGUAUUACAUCAACCACCCGCUGUACACCCCGCCAGCGUACGGUGACGAGCAGGUGAAGCUGGCGCUGGCCGUGUUCCUGUUCUGCCAGCUCGGGAACUUCUCCAUCCACGUGGCCCUGAGGAACCUGCGGCCAGCGGGCUCCAAGACCCGGAAGAUCCCGUACCCCACCCGGAACCCGUUCACGUGGCUCUUCCUGCUCGUGUCCUGCCCCAACUACACCUACGAGGUCGGCUCCUGGAUUGGUUUCACCAUCAUGACCCAGUGCCUGCCCGUGGCGCUGUUCUCGCUGGUGGGGUUUGUGCAGAUGGCGAUCUGGGCGCAGGGCAAGCACCGCAGUUACCUGCGCGAGUUCCGCGAUUACCCGCCCCUGCGCUCGCCCAUCAUCCCCUUCCUGCUGUGACACCACGGGGACAGCCCUGGGGACAGCCCCCAUCAUCCCCU